AUGUUUUCCAUCCCUUCCGAAACCAGUUCGAAACUCCGUUCCGCCAAAAAUUUCAUAAAUUUUUUGACUCGAUUAGAGUAUUCCAACGCUUCAACGCUACAACCGGAACAAAUAUUGUGGGCAUAUGAAAAUGAAGAAACAUCCUAUUUGCUUGAUUGGUUAUGCGAAAACAUUGAUGUCGAGAAAAAUUAUAUCGGUGACAACGAGGGUGGCCUUGAUACAUUCGAAUUCGAGAAGAUAAAGGGCGAACACGAAAAUGUAGAAAAAGAAAUAAUGACUUUACAAAAAAGGCAAAGUCAUGUGAUCGCACAUCGCGAUCAACUCAGAUUGACCUUGAAAGAUUUGGAAGAGCAGCUUGCGAACUUGAAAAGAAUCAGCCACGAACUGGACGACAAGAAUAAGGAUGUUGAUAGAUUGGUUGAAGACGACUCUGUCAAGUUUGGUUGGAUUCUUCAUUUGGCCCUGAUAUUUACUGCGGAAUGUGGUUUCAGGUAUCCAAAUUCGGAGUGCAAGUAUAUACAAGUCGUGUCCAAUCACGAAUAUUGGGUCACUUACUUAAAAACGUUGGAAGAUGAAGUCUCGAGACUAGAAUCGAUCGUGAUAAACGUCAACGAUCUAACAUUAAGGUAUGAACAAUAUGAGAACAGCAUUGCUCUGGCGAAUCAGAAUAUCGAGUCUGAUAUUAUUCCGAAAGUGAAGGAUUACCUAAAUAUUCUCGCCGAGUUGGAGAUUGAAAGGCCAAUCCUGAUGGCUGAUUACAACAUCCAAUCGAAAUAUCAGGAAUCAUUCAUAGAUCGAAUGGAUCUGGCAUGUUGCUACACUGCCAUAGAUCUCUUGUCUACUCAGUACGCGCGCCUUCAACUCAUUUAUCAAGCUUUUAAUAUUGAACUGGAUGAUCAUAAGGAGGUUCAUAGAUUGUUAACUGGUGUCACCAAUGAGCUGAAACGACGUGCCGAGGGUAUCAGUAGUCGAAUGGGGCUCAUGUCUGCGUCAGAUUUCGUAGAUUCAAAGAUUGGAAGGACCGUGGUGGAAAGCGCCGAUAAUAUGAUACUUUCAAUGAGAGGAUUGAUGAACCUGGACAUCUUAAGAGCGUCCACCUCCAAAAAUUUCUCGAGGGGAAGAAGAUCCUCAACUUUUGUUACAUAUGAGUCGGUAAAGGAAAAAUUGAUUUUACUUGAGCAAGCAAGAACUAACGCACGGGAUAAGAUGGAAGAGGAGUUAAGAGCACAACAGGAAUUUAUAAAAUCCAGCGAGGAGGUCGAAAGCACCUUGGACUCCAUAUUAUAUAAAGAUUCGUUUACUUCCGAACUCAUACUCACACCAAGGUUUCCGAACGAAAUGUUUGCAACCAAAAAUUACUCAAGUCGAACAAAGGAUCAGACUCAACCAGAUUGCCUAGAAACACAUGGGCACUAG